AUGCAGCCUGCCAUGAUGAUGUUCUCCAGCAAGUACUGGUCCAGGAGGGGGCUGUCUCUGGACUCUGCCAUUCCUGAGGAGAUCCGCCUCAUUAACCGACUCAACAUGCCGGACACAGAGAGCGCUGAGGAUUGUGGGAAGACAGCGGUGGUGUUUUCUCUGAAGAACGAGGUGGGCUGUCUGGUUAAAGCCCUCAGACUCUUCCAGGAGAAGCGAGUGAACCUGAGCCACAUUGAGUCUCGGAUGUCAAAGCGAGUACUUAAUGAGGUGGAGAUCUUUGCUGACUGCAGCUGCAGUAAGAAGGAGUUUGACGAGCUGCUGCAGCAUCUCAAAGGCCACGUUAACGUGAUCUCCUUCAACACACCUGCACACGUGUGGUCCGCUGAGGCAGAUGGAGACGAUGUUCCCUGGUUCCCGAUGAAGAUCUCUGAGUUGGAUCAGUGUUCUCACAGAGUGUUGAUGUACGGAUCAGAGCUGGAUGCAGACCACCCUGGCUUUAAGGAUGCAGUUUACCGUCAGAGGAGGAAAUACUUUGUGGAGGUGGCCAUGAAUUAUAAAUUCGGGCAGCCCAUCCCUCGUAUCGAGUACACCCUGGAGGAGGUCAGGACCUGGGGGGUGGUCUUCAGAGAGCUGACCCAGCUGUACCCGACUCACGCCUGCAGAGAAUACCUGAAGAACCUGCCGCUGCUCAGCAAACACUGUGGGUACCGAGAGGACAACAUCCCCCAGCUGGAGGACGUCUCCCUGUUCCUCAGAGAGAGGUCUGGUUUCACUGUGAGACCAGUAGCAGGUUACCUGUCCCCCAGAGACUUCCUGGCGGGUUUGGCCUACAGAGUGUUUAACUGCACUCAGUACGUCCGUCACAGCACCGACCCGCUCUACACACCUGAGCCAGACACCUGCCAUGAGCUUCUGGGUCACGUUCCUCUGCUGGCUGAUCCAAAGUUCGCUCAGUUCUCUCAGGAGAUCGGCCUGGCGUCUCUGGGAGCGUCUGAUGAGGACGUUCAGAAACUGGCCACAUGUUAUUUCUUCACCAUUGAGUUUGGACUCUGCAAACAGGAAGGUCAGCUGAGAGCUUAUGGAGCCGGAUUACUGUCGUCUAUAGGGGAGCUGAGGCAUGCCCUGUCAGAUGAGGCCUGUGUGAGGGCGUUUGACCCGAGGACCACCUGUAACCAGGAGUGUCUCAUCACCACCUUCCAGGACGUCUACUUCGUCUCCGAGAGCUUCGAGGAGGCCAAAGAGAAGAUGAGGGAGUUUGCUAAGUCGAUAAAGAGGCCGUUCUCGGUGUACUACAACCCAUACACUCAGAGCAUCGACCUGCUCAAAGACACCCGCGGCAUCGAACACGUGGUGCAGGACCUACGCAGCGACCUCACCACCGUGUGCGACGCGCUGGGGAAAAUGAACACCUACAUGGGCAUCUGA